CUCGCAGUACGACACUCUUGCCUUAUCGUGUGACUCCUUGUAAACACGGGCUGGAGGACGUCUUCUUCGCGGGAAAAAUUACCUGUAUUUACCUGUUCCCACGCCUUGCCAUGGAUUACCUGCCCGUACUGUGAGGGGUAUCGCCGUCCCUGGUGCCAUAGAAGCAGACGUGUGUGACUGAAGUUUGAACUAUCUCCGCCACCAUGAAGAAAAGCUUUAAGAAGCAGGCCAGCAUGGACAUGUUCAUCGUCCGCAGCCCUAAGAAGUCCCCUGCACCCAGCCCCACCAAGUACAGGGCUGGGAUGAGGCAGGCCACACUGGAGUCCCUCAGGGGCGUGGUGGUGGUGGAGGACAUGGAGAGGUCGGUGGUGGUGCUGGAGCGGCUGGAUGUCUCCCCGGACCUCAAGGUGGACACCCUGCAACACCUCCUCAACAAGAACCCGGCCAAGGAGGUGCUCAUCAGGACGGGCCUUGGCAAGACGGUUCACAAGCUUUGCCGCGACAAGAACGCAGAGGUGGCAGCAGCAGCCCAGAAGGUGUACCGGGCGUGGAAGAAACACAUCCUGAGCAAGGUGAACCGGCCAUGCAUUGAGGUGAAGACUGACCUCAGGACCCAGCGACUCCGGAACUCAGCAAGACAGAUGUUGAGUGAUGCCUUGCAGAGAGAGGAUGGAGGAGGAGGAGGAGAAGGAGGAGGGGACGACAAGAGAAGAAGAGACUCAAGUGAUGCCCUAAAGAGAGAUAAUGAACUAGAUAACAACAAUAGAGGAAGAAAAUCAAGUGAUGUAUCGCAGAGACAGGAUAGGAAAGAGGAAAAUAAUAACAAAGGAAGGAGAGGAUCAAGUGAGGAAGAGGAUCGGAUAAGAGAUAGGAUUGUUUAUGAAGUUUUUAAGAGAGAUAGAAGUAGAGACAGACAGAAGGAGGAGGAUAAGGAAGGGAGGAGUGAAGGAAUUAAAGCCUGGAAAAGAACGGAAGAAGAAGUUAGUAAAAGAAGAAGAGAGAAAAGGAAAGAAAGGGAAGAGAAGGAAGAGGAAAGAAUAGGAACAACUCGAAAGAGAAAGAGGCAGGAAGAGGAGGAGGAGGAGAAGGAGGAGAAAAGCAAAGAGAAACACAGACACGGAAAAUAUGAGAAGGAGAAAGAGAGUAAAGAAGGAAGAGAAAGACCUCAGAAAAGCAAGAAACCAGAGAAAGAAGAGAAAAUGAGAGAUACAGAGAAACACAAAGAGAAAAAACCUGUACGAACUAGCAAUAAGGAGGAAGAGAGAGGAGCUGAAAGAAGAGAAGGAGGUGGAACUAAAGCAAAUCAGUCUGGCAGUGAAAAGAAAGAAGGUGAAAGAGGAGAGGAAAGAAAAACGAAAGACUUAGAGAAACAUAAAGAGGAAAAUCCAGUUAGCUAUUACCCCGAAGAAGACACCAGCGCUAGACAUGACCCAGUUGAGGUGAUAGCUGAGCACAUAGAGAGGGAGGUGUACCACGGCUCACAGCGCUUCGUGGACAAUGCCUACCGCCGCACCGUCAGGGCUCUGGUGUUUACGCUGAGGCACCAGGCAGAGGUUAGGAGGACAGUCAGCUCGGCCACUCUCUCAGUCCCAGAGUUUGUUAAGCAGUACAGGAAGAGUUGAAGGUUAGUGAGGAUUAUGUAUUGUCAUCUUUGUAUACAAACUGCCUAAGAGAUUUUUUUUUUUUACUUGGGAAAUUUCAAAAAGCUGUCUCAUUUUCUAAGUCAAUUUAUGAUAGGAGCAGAAAUGUUAAGGUGAAUUUUAGGUCUCAAACACCAUCUAUAUAUCUGUAAGGUGAAUUUUAAAUCUCAAACACUAGUUUUCUACUCUGGGAAGUCACCAAAAGCUGUCCCAUUUUCUAAAAGUUGUCAAGGCACUAUUGUAUGUUUAUAUGCAUGCAUUUCACACAUAUCUACAUGAUAACUAUAUACCUACAUCUAUGCCUUACAAAUUUAUGCUAAAGACAAAUGUUGAGGUGAAUUUUAGAUCUCAAACACUAGUAUAACAAAGGCAACUAUACCAAAAUAUACUCAUGGAAAAUUCAUAUUGCAAAAAAUCUUGAAGUUGCUGUAAAAUGACUUAGGCAGUUUGUGUAUGAAAGGGAUGAUAUGUAGAGGUGAAUAUUGUGGACUCCCGUUUCGUUAGUAGGUUAUGGUAUUGGUGAAGGCACGUUGGUAGCUACCUAGAUGUAUCCGUAGAGUCUGCUUGUGUUUCAUUGACUUAGGUUCAUGCAAGGGCCAUGUUAAUCUCACUCACAUAGACUACAUUUCCUGGUCUGGAUUUCCUCCUGCCCACGACUUAAACUCUUUCACGAGGAGACAUUUUAGUGCAUUCAAAUCUCACUCCCAAUCUCUCUCUCUCAAUCAUUGACUUAGGUUCAUGCAAGGGCCAUGUUAAUCUCACUCACAUAGACUACAUUUCCUGGUCUGGAUUUCCUCCUGCCUAUGACUUAAACUCUUUCAUGAGGAAACAUUUUAGUGCAUUCAAAUCCUUCCCUCUCUUCCUCUCUCUCUCUCUCCUUCCUUCCCUGUUUUCCUCCAUAUCUCCCUCCUUCCCUCUUUCUUUUUCUCCUCUCCCUCCUUCUCUCUUUCCUUUCCUCCUAUCCAUCCUCAGUCUUUCUUCUCUCCCUCCCUUCUUCCUUUCCUCCUCCUUUUCCUCCAUCUCUCCCUUUCUCACCAACCGAAAUUGACCUCUCCUCUGACCUCUCAUUCUUUUUUCUUUCGUGUGUCUUGCAAGCUUUUUCUGUUGCUGUUAUUUUUUUAUGUUAGAAUUCUAGGGAGAGUAACUUUUUAUGUUUUAAGUUAUGAAUGGAGUUAUACACACAUGUUACAGUGCACUAGGCAGGAAGGAAGACAGGCUGGUGGUGAUGUCUUAGUGGUGAUGUGAUACUCCGGGCCCUGUAGCUCUGUAGUGUAGAAUGUAGAGCUCUUAUUAUCACUUAGGAUUUUUU